GUGCAGUCAGAACUCAGAUCAACUCCUCUACUGAAGCUAAACUCUAGCUUUCACUAAGACAGAAAGGACAGACUGUGACCGGAGCAGCGAAGAAACGCUAUAAGAAGAAACCAGACUACAGAUCAACUUGAUCAGGAGAGGUUUCUCAAGCUCAAACUCUGAGACUAAAGGAAGACUUUUUCUACGAAACUUAAGGAAAACUAGAAUCUAUUUCUACAAGGAAGAAAAGAUGACUGCUGGGAUGAAGACGAUGAUUUUACUGCCUAUCCUGUGCAUCAUGCUCUCAAACAUGGCUGCAGGUCAGGAGUGCAGCAGCCAGUGUUCAUGCCCCUCCACCCCUCCUCAGUGCGCCCCAGGAGUGAGCCUGGUGCUGGACGGCUGUGGCUGCUGCAGGGUGUGCGCAAAACAGAUGGGGGAACUGUGCACAGAGAAAGACGUCUGUGACCCCCACAAAGGCCUCAACUGUGACUUCGGAGCCCCCAUUAACAGACGCAUAGGAGUUUGCACAGCUCGCGAUGGAGCCACCUGCGUGUUCGGAGGCAUGGUGUACAAGAGCGGAGAGUCCUUCCAAAGCAGCUGCAAGUACCAGUGUACCUGUUUAGACGGAGCUCUGGGUUGCGUGCCUCUUUGCUCCAUGGACAUCCGCCUUCCCAGCCCUGACUGCCCCAUGCCAAGACGGGUCAAGGUCCCUGGGAAGUGUUGCGAAGAGUGGGAGUGUGAUUCUCCCAACAGACACAGCUUCAUGGGCUCUGCUUUGGCUGCCUACAGAGAGGAGGAGACCUAUGGCCCAGAUCCCUCCAUGAUGAGGGAGAACUGCCUGGUUCAGACGACCGAAUGGAGCGCCUGCUCAAAGACUUGUGGCCUUGGGAUCUCCACCAGGGUCACCAACGAUAACCGUGAAUGCCGCCUGGAGAAACAGACCCGGCUGUGUAUGGUGCGACCAUGCGAGUCACAGCUGGAGCAGAGCAUCAGGAAAGGAAAAAAAUGCAUCCGCACUCCCAGGCUCUCCAAGCCAAUGAAGUUUGAGAUCUCUGGCUGCACCACAACCAAGUCCUACAGGCCCAAGUUCUGCGGCGUAUGCCUGGACGGCCGCUGCUGCACCCCGCACAGAACCACCACCCUGCCCAUGGAGUUCAAAUGCCCUGACGGACAGGUUAUGAAGAAGCACAUGAUGUUCAUCAAGUCCUGCGCCUGCCACCACAACUGCCCCGGGGAGAACGACAUUUUCGAGUCCAUGUACUACAAGAAGAUGAUGGGAGACAUGGCAUGAAAAGCCACUCAAGGACAAUCGCAGCUUAAGACUUGAAAACAAACAGAACUCCAUCUCAUUUUGCAGCUCAGUAUAUACGUUUAAUGUUUCAUUUUCUCAUUUUCUCAUUUUAAAAGUAAUCAAGACACUUGUGUAAGUGUCUGUGUGUUUCGUUUGGCUGACAUCAGCCGCAUAGACUCAGACAGAGGGUUGCAUAGCAGCUCCAAGAGAUUCCUGCACUAUAACUUGUAUGUUUGACGAACCUACUGUCAGGUUUCCGCCCAUUCCCCCUCUCGAUAUCCUUUACAGACCCGUCCAUUGUACUGUAUGUGUCUCUGUACCUUAUCUAAACCAUGACACCCUCUCUAAAUGAGGUGUUUAAUAACUCCCACUCCCUCCCUCCCUCCCACCUCCCAGCCCAGACCAGACCUACAAA